AUGUUACCUUCUACUGCCAUUGACAAAUAUCGAAUCCCGUUAUCAUUUGGUUUAAUAUUCAACUCAACAAAAUUAUUCCUAAAACAUAAUCAUUCUACAUGGUAUGGAAUUAUCGGUUUAGGCUUCACAUCAUUAUUUGUUAAACCACACCAAAUAACAAAUCAUAGCCAAGAGGAAAGAAAUGCCAUCUUUACUAAAUUAAAGAUACAACCAACCAAGUCGAAAUUGUCUCAACCAAUUAGUUAUAUGGAUAAACUGAAUCAAUUCUGGAAAAUACCAAAACAGUUUGGAUUAUUGUUGUGUGGAACAACGCUGAAUAAGAACCAAGCGCUUAACUCAAGACAAAUGUCAGGUAAACUGUUGAUUGGUCAAAUGAAUCUCAGUCUUCUACUCCCAUCUGCUCCUCCUUCUUCUUCAUCUUCAUUAUCAUCAGUAUCAAAGAUGAACAAUUUCAAGGCAUCCAGUACCUAUUUUACUCCAAUCCGUAAACCAUGGUAUUAUGAAAUUAUUUUAACUAAUCUGAUUGUCGGCGACAUGAGUUUAGUGGUGAACUGUAAAGAACUGAAUGUCGACAAAACAAUAAUUGAUAGUGGAACAACGAAUAUAUAUUUACCAAGGAAUAUUUUUCACCGAUUAGUCAGUGUUAUGAAAGCAAAGGUGAAUGAAAAUCCUGCACUGGCUGAACUUGCUUCUAAAACUUCAUUUUGGCAUGGUAAAAGAGCAUACUGUUUACGUGUAACCAGUGAAGACAGUAAAGCACUACUGUAUAAAUCGUUUCCACAAAUUGAAUUCCAUCUGGUUUCAAGUAUAAAUACAACGAAUCAGAUACUUUCAUUAACUUUCUCUCCACAACAAUACGUUCGUUAUCUUGGUCAAAUUAGUCAGCAUAAUCAGAGUCGUAAUUGUUUCGCAUUUGCUAUACAACCAACUCAUAAGUAUACAAUAUUGGGUUCAGUUUUUCUUGAAGCUUAUUACACAACAUUUGAUCAAGAAAAAAUGCAGAUAGGAUUUUCCAAUUCACCGUGUAAUGCAUACACAAAUAAUCCAAAUCUUUUAGUAGUAUCUAAGGUGAAUGGAUUAAAACACUGGAAUAAUACACAAAAGUUCAUAUCAGAGACAAAUAGAUUAAUAACGCAAAGGUUUGCUAUUCAAUCACCAUUAGAUUGUGCCGUUUACACACCAACUACAGAUGAACAAUUCGCCUUAAUUUCAAAUAUUCUUACAUAUACUAUUUGGUCAUCUCUGUCUAUCUAUGCUGUUUUGAUUCCUUUAUUGAUUUUAUUAAAUAUAAAGUUUUUUUAA